UUUUUUUUGGAAAAGGAGGUUAAAACCCCCUUGGACAAAUGUCUGCAGCAAUAACAGCAGAUGAAGGCAGGCAGGCACACAAGAAGAGGAAGAAGAUGAGAAACCAGUGAAGCAAACCAUCCAUCUACUGACCCAGACCUACAAACCAGCAAGGGCCGGCCUGCCUGCUCUGCGGAUGAAACACCUAGAAAGAAUCCCCCCUCCCAGUCCAAAGCUGCUGCUGCUCACACAAAGUGAACCCAGCCCAGGCAUAACAAGCACUCACCUAACAGGCACCAAGCCACCUUUGCAUUGCUUGCUCCCACUGCAUUUGCAUCCCAUCACAUCCCAACCCCAACCCCAACCUUGCUGCUGCCUGCCACCCUUCACCCACAUAUACACAUGGUUUUGAAUCCUCCACACCUCAAAACUAGCAGCUUCCUCGCCUUCUGCUAUCCUCCACCAAAGCCAUGAAGGGUUUCCCACUGGCCGGAGUACUGGUGGCGCUGCUGCUCGCCGCCGGGGAGCUGCAUUGCGCAGCAACAGCACCACCACCACCAGCAGCAAAGGCAUCGGCGCCACCGCCGCAACACCCAGCAACACCACCACAGCAUGCACCACCAUCGCCGCCGCAGCGACACCGACCAUCACACAGACGAGCCCCGCCAGUUCCCCGCAAGCAGGACCCUCCAUUGUCACCACCGCCGCCGCCGCCGCCGCCGCCGCCGCAGGACCCUCCAUCGCCACCACCAAUACAGGUCGUGCCACCAAUUCAGGACCCCGACGUGGCACCAGCGGCUCCACCCAGGGGCGGCAACCGCUCCGCGGUCUGCGCCACGCUCCUCGUGUUCGGGGACUCGACGGUGGACCCUGGCAACAACAACCGGCUGCGGACCACGGCCAAGGCCAACUUCCCGCCCUACGGCGUCAACUUCUACGGCCGCAGGCCCACCGGCCGCUUCUCCAACGGCCGGCUGGCCACCGACAUGCUGGCGGACAAGCUCGGUAUAAUGAGGACCAUCCCGGGCUUCCUUGACCCGACGCUCAAGCUGGGGCAGCUCAGGAAGGGGGUGAGCUUCGCGUCGGCGGGCUCUGGAUACGACGAUAUCACUGCCAACACAUUGAGCGCAUUGCCAUUUCGGAGACAACUGUGGCACUUCUGGCGUUACAAGCAACUGAUCCGAGCCCUGCUCGGACUGAGAAGAGCAGAGCGGAUCGUUAACAGGGCUACCUUCAUCAUAAGCGCUGGUACAAAUGACAUGCUCCUAAACUACAUCGCGUCGAACCGAUCAGCAGGCCCCAUCGCCAUGCUGCGGUACGAGAACCACCUGAUAGCACGCCUCGGCAACUAUACCCAGGUGAUGAGGAUGCUUGGAGCGAGAAGGUUCGUGUUCGUCGGGCUACCCCCGAUUGGCUGUCUACCGAUCGCAAGAACGUUGCUUGGAAGGGAUCCAGAUGGAUGCGACAGCGAUCUAAACCAGCUGGCGGCCUCCUUCAACUCGAGGCUGAUUCAGCUGUCGAAUUUCGUCAACUACCAGCCCCGAUUGAGAAGCGCCUACAUAGAUACCUACACAAUCAUACGGGCCGCAACUGACAACCCUCAGAAUUACGGGCUGACGGAGGUGUCGAGAGGGUGCUGCGGGUCAGGGAUGAUCGAGGUUGGCCAGACAUGCAGAGGGCGAAGGACAUGCCUGGACCCGAGCAAGUACUUGUACUGGGAUGCUGUCCAUCCGACAGAGACAACGAACCAGCUUAUCACAAGCCUGAUGCUGGACUCCAUUGCCGGAAUCUACAGCUAGAGACCCAAGUUCAAGAGGAGGAUCCUUUGCAUAGCAAGCUAAAGUGUAAAGGCCGCUACUGGGACAAUUUCUGCUUUCUUUCUUUCAUUCUUUUACUUCAGUAUCAUGGUAUUCAACUGUGCUGCAAGUGUCAUGUGCUAUAUCUAACUGUACCGCAGUUUAGUUGAGUUGUAAGACUAGAGUGAAGAUGUUACUGUAACCUUUGCAGCUGAAGAAAAAGACACAGAAUAACUGAAGAUGUUACUGCAUGAACGAACAAAUUAAAGGGCAGGUCAACUCCUUACCAGGGUCGAUGCAGGGACAAGGGAGCCAGCGGUGUAGAAUAUGAUCCUGCUAUGAAAUCACAAAUGUUAAUCAGGUCAAUGUUGUGGCUUUUUCACAACAUCAAAAUAUUCGGAAAUGAUAAUAAUUGACACUACAAGUAGGCAACCACGAGAAAAAGUAUGAGACGGCAUCAGACAAGUAUCAGGAUUCA